GCUCCUCCCGCUCGAGCUCAGAUUAACUACAGGACCCUCGAGCGAGCAGGACCGUUUUACCGUUAUCACUCCGUUCCUGCGAUACACAGUGAAAAUGGGCAAAAUGCGCGUCUAGCCUCGUUUAAACGCUAAAAGAAGAGUUUCUUCUGACGUUGAACACGGAUUUUGUUUCUUACUGGAGUUACUGAAGAGCGGAGGACUCGCAAAGAUGAAGUACAAAAAUCUAAUGGCAAAAGCACUUUACGACAAUGUCCCGGAAUCUCCAGAAGAGCUGGCUUUCCGGAAAGGUGACAUCCUGACCGUCAUCGAGCAGAACACUGGCGGUCUGGAGGGAUGGUGGCUCUGUUCACUCCAUGGCCGUCAGGGCAUCGCGCCCGGCAACCGCCUCAAACUACUUAUCGGACCAAUGUUUGAAGGACAGAGGCCUGCAUCCCCAUCCCCUCCACAGGGUCACGCCCUCCAGCAGAGGCCACUCACACCUCAGGGUGUGUACCAGGUGCCGCCGUCCCACCAGAGCCCACAGGGACAGGGCAUCUACCAGAUCCCUCCUUCUAAAGACGUGUACCAGGUUCCACAGAGAAGCGCACUGAAAGCUGAUGGGACUCCUAGCAAGGUGGUGACUCCGAUCCGCGUAGGGCAAACAUACGCUUACAGUCCUGCGUCAGAUUCAUCUCAUGACCUCUACGAUGUUCCACCAAUUCGUCAACAGGGGGUGUACGAUAUUCCGGCGAGCAAACAAACUGGACAGCAUGGCAUCCCCAGAGCCCAGGGCCUCUACGACACCCCCCCUUCCCAGGACCUGCGAUCAAAAGGACUGUAUGACAUACCGCCAAUGUCACAAGGGGUGUACUCCACGCCACCUUGUAAGAAUAACAUUGCCCAAGACGAAGGGAAUUACGACUUUCCACAGCCUUCGAAGCACAAGCAAGAAGGUAUAUAUGACGUUCCACCACCAUCACUCUCCAAAGCUUCCCCAUGCUCCAACUACGACUUCCCGCCCAGCUCUGAGCCGAUGUCCCGAAAGGGCAUGAACGACAGCGCUGGCAUCUACGACGUUCCCGCCAGCCAAUUGGCCACAGGUGGAUCUCAGGACUUGUACGAUAUUCCACGUGGAAUGCCGCAGAAUCGACACACUUCUUCUGAAAGAGACAGAAAUAAAUCAGUUUACGAUAUUCCACCAGGAGACGCUCGGUUACUCGGUGACGUGACCGAAUGCGUCAACCGCUUGUCGUUUUCCAGCACAGGAAGCACUCGCAGUAGUAUGUCAACUUCCUCUUCUUCUGCCGGAUCGCCCGCCGAGGGCCGGCUAGCAUUGGAUCUAGACUCUGCGGUCCAGAGGUUGAGUCGUCUCCAGCAAGGUCUGGAGUCUUCGGUUUGUGCACUGCAAACUCUUGCGGCAUCGCCUCACUGGCGAACGUACAGCUUCAUGGAACGUCACGCCAACGAGGUCCGCGUUUCAUUGGAGCGCGUCAAGUGUGCGCUCACAGAUUUUCUCGUAUUUGGCCGUGGAGCGGCUGCGAACGCCUCCACGUUGUCCGAUCCAGGAUUGCACUCCAAGUUGCGACGCCAGUUGCAACGUCUAGAAGAUUCCCAUCAGAUUCUUCAACAAACACACCAAACUUUAGAAAACAAUUGUUGGGCGCUUAAUAUCCUAGUAACGGGCACCAAGCAUCAGAACAAGAGUGACGAACUGGAACGUUUUGUAAUGGUGUCGCGGACAGUGCCUGACGAUGCCAAGCAGCUGGCUUCAACAAUAGGGGGCAGCGCGGAGCUGCUUUUCCGAAGAGCACCAAUAGAGGGCAUCGUUCACCCCUUUACUUGCACCCCAACGGAGGAAGACAGCUAUGGAGCCCAGACCAAACCUUUCCCCGUAUCUCACGACAAAGCAAACAUGAACAGCGAGAAGUGCGUUAAAAGCUGGAUGGAAGAUUAUGACUACGUUCACCUACAGGGAAAAGAUGAAUUUGAACGCCAACAGAAGGAACUUUUAGAGAAGGAGAACAUCACCAAACAAAGCAAAGUCCAACUCGAACAAGAACAGCUGAAACAGUUCAAACAGCUCGAACAGGAAGUGAUCAAACCUGUAGAGAAUGACAUCACCAAAUGGAUCUCCCACCAACAUUCAACAGGCUCCUCCCCCUCCUCCUCAGACUCCUCCUCUAAUUUCUCCAUGGGAGGUGGAGCUCCAAUGUGUUUGCGUGAUCGCCAACUGUUGGGUUUUUACGCAGACCAAUGCGAACAGCACUUUGUGACACUGUUGAAUGCGGUAGACGCAUUUUUUGGCUGCGUAAAGGCCGGGCAACCUCCACGAAUCUUCGUUGCGCAUGGCAAGUUUGUCAUUCUGAGUGCCCACAAACUUGUGUUUAUCGGGGACACGCUGUCGAGACAAGCCUCGGCGGCUGAAGUGGCAAAUCGCGUCAUGAACUUAAGCAACAUGCUGUGCGAGAUGCUAAAGACAGUCGUGGGCGCCACCAAAAUAGCGGCCCUUCACUAUCCCAACACGGCCGCUGUACAGGAAAUGGUAGAUCGCGUGACGGACCUCUCGCACUUAGCACAACAAUAUAAAGUGCAGCUCUCGCAGAUGGCGGGAUUGUGAUAUCAUCAGCAUGAUGUCACUAACUUCUGAACAAAGACUGUCAUUUUAACAUAUAUAUAUAUAUAUAUUUAUACUCCUAUAGAUGCAUCACUGAAAGUUGUCUUUUGUAAAUAGUCCUGCUUUCUGUAAAUAUUUGGCUCUGUAUUUUGUGUAGAUUUGUUUUAUAUAAUAAUAAUGAUAAUAAUAUUAACUGAAUGAAUAGAAAUGAUUGAGACUUGCAUUUGUAGAGUGACCGUUAACAUUCCUGAUCGUUUUGUGUAUUAGGCACCUUACAAGUUGUCCUUUACUGCUAAUUAUUGUGUAUUGCUGAAUGCCAGAACCUACAAAAUGGAAAUAGUUUGUUUUGAAAAUGUGCUGUAUUGUGACACACAGUCUGCCGAGAGGACGGUAUGAACAAAGUAAAAGAUUUCUGUGUCUUUGCUAUAGAAAUGGUGUUUCACUUGUUUUUGUUUGAACAUUGUGGUAGGGGAAUCUCACCAAAAAUGUGUUCCAGGUCAUAUUUUACCCCAAAAUCAAAAAGAAAUUACAUUUUGUUGAUGCUUGCUUUAGAAUCAUUCAUAUUUUUUGCAUUGUGGCAAUUUUUUUUUUUACAAUUAAACCCUUUUCCUCCUGUUUUUAUUCUUGUAAUGCAGACAAAAAUGCAUUUUCAUUACUGUAUUAUGAUAAAAAAUAAAUGUACAUAUAUACAAUAUAUAUAAAGUAUUUUUACACCA